CCCAACCCACCAACAGCUGACAACUACAAGACUGAACAGUGGACACUCUGUGAAGAUGCUGUGCUCUCAUGGGUGGCGGUCUGGUCUCAGUCCACUCCUGGACGUCCACUGGCCUGUACUCAGUCUGCGUCCACAGGUCACACCUCUGCUCUACCAACAGGAUCUACUGCUCACAAACCUACAGCAGCUGCGCAGUCGUCUGGAGCUGAUGGAGCCACUUCCACACAAGACCCCGGAGCAGACGGAGCCUUUCCAGACCAGCGUGGCCCUCCAACCGCUCUCCUACCAGCUGACCACAGAUGGACAGCGCUUUGGCCUGAGCCUGGACACUGGAGGCUUUUCCCCAGAGGAGCUGUCUGUCAGGCAGGUGGGCAGGAAGCUGAGAGUCAGCGGGAAGACGGAGAAGAAGCAGGAGGACGCCAAAGGCUGCUCCUCUUACAGACGCCAGGAGUUCAGACAGGAGCUGGAUCUGCCUGAAGGGGUGAAGCCUGAAACCCUCAGCUGCUACCUGGGUCCAGAUGGGAAGCUCCACAUCCAGGCAGACAAAGCUCCAUGUGUUGAGGAGGCUGAGAGAGAAGUGCCCAUCAACAGGAGCUCAGAGGAGAAAACCCAGACAGAAGGAGGCAGCAGCACCCAGAGCCACAACAGCACACAGGACGCAACACACACCAUGGACUGAACUAUUAGAUGAUACACAUGGAACCAAUGGACUCAUCUGAACUGUUUUAAAUCAGGAUCACCACAAACUUUGUCACACUUAUAUGAUUCCUUCUUGUUUUUGUACAUCUGAAUGAAUCAGUAAAUAGAUGAAAUGUAAACUGGUGGUGUUUUAGUUGUUUCUAAUCUGAAUGGUCAUAUGUGUCUGACCCUAAUAAUAUAUAACAAUAUAUAACAAUAUAAACAUGGACUGAAAUCAGUGAAAAUUUGUUAAUAAACCAGAUGUGUUUUAUCAAAAGAAAAAAAAAUACUCCAGCAUAUGUUCAGAUGUUUUACUUUACAACUGGAUUAAAAAAAGUCAUCAAAUGU